AUGGAGGACCCCUCGUGGAGCACCCUCAAGCUUCAACCAUCCUACCAAAGGGCUCCAGGGUGGCCCGAGCACUUCGAGCGCGAGUUGGAUGAGCUCCGCAUCCUGGGAGUCCUAGGUUUCGAGCUCCGAGGUUUUGGCCCACGGCCUCCUCAUCAAUUUCGGUCUGGAGCUAUCUACACUGGCCAGUGGUGUGGGAACCAGCGGCACGGGUUUGGGCGGCAAGAGUGGCCAGAUGGCGCGACAUAUGAGGGGUGCUGGUCAAACAGCAGUGCCUGUGGGCUUGGAAGAUUCAAAUUUCCUGAUGGUUCUGUGUACUUAGGGCAAUGGCGCGGGAAUCGGUUCCACGGCUUGGGAGCGCACUACCUUGCUGAUGGUUCAUCGUACCAUGGCCAAUGGGUCCAUGGAUCUCGAGAUGGUGUGGGCGUGGAAACCUGUUCCUUGGGCCCCUCGGACUCCUCGGGCUCCUCGAGCGCGGACUGUGCAACCCAGGCUUCAGUGUACUGGGGUGAUUUUUCGAGAGGUCAGAAGGACGGUUACGGCAUGUGCGAGUGGGAAGAAGGCAGCAAAUUUUCCGGACAGUGGCGAGCAGGGUUGAUCUCCGGCCAUGGAGUGUUGACAUCUGACAGUGGAUGUCGGACCUACAGGGGGCAGUGGGUCCAUUCCAAGAAGCAUGGACGAGGUGUUUACACAUGGCCAGAUGGCCGCGAGCAUCGGGGACACUACCUGCUUGACGCUGCUUCUGGCUUUGGUACAUUCUCAUGGCCAGACGGCAAGCAGUAUCAUGGCUUUUGGUACAACGCGCACAUCAUCGGCCCUGGCAUAUUCAGCGUACCUGGGCAGGCCGACAGGCCACUCGAGAUCGAUGUCAACCUGUCUCCAGUCGAGCUCAAGGCCGGCACAUCAAAGCUUGAAGAGCUCAGUUCUGGACAUUUUUUGGAGACUAGCAACUUUAGUGCGUCAAGUCGACUAAACGAAUUACAAAGAGUUGCAGAUCUGCUUGUGCCUGCCACAUAA